AUGCCGGACGUCGUCGGCGUAAUGUUCGACGCCGAGCCGCCUCCAGAAGGCGUCGGAGGCGGCUUCGGAGAAUUCGGGGAAGAUUCAGACGACGUUGGGGUUGCAGAUGGCCUGACGAUGUGCCUCCUCUGCGUGACGAGUAAGCCAACGACUUCCAAAACUAGCUUACCUAGCCAUGGAUAUGCUCACCUUGAUUGUUUCAGUAAAGAAGGCGCGGCUCCUCGGCGGCGUUGGUUCGUUUUUUCUUUCUUUUCUGAAGACUUGGAAGGGCGGAACUUCUCUGACUUCUCUGCGCCCUCCUUAUCUCUCGACGUCUCUCUCAUGUUUACGUGCUAUUUCCAUUUUUCUCUGACCUUGUUGUUGAGGGAACAGAGAGACGUAGAGAAGCGAAAAAUUGUCAAGCGGUGGAUGGGCUAUAAAUCUUUUAUAGUCUGUUCAAAUUCCAAAUGUCUGGUUCUCGCUCAAGCUCCGCCCCCUAAUGACCCGAUAAACCAAUCAGAGAACGAGCCAUCCACAGAGCGUUUUCGAAUGACGUCAUUCCACUUGACAUUUAAAAUCUGAACAGACUAUAGCAUUAGAUUAGGGGUACAGGUACAGGUUUUCUAGGUUUUUUUCAAAAAUAUAUUAAGGGUUCAGGUUUUCUAGAUUUUUAUUCUUUAGGUUCAGACCAAAAAAACUUUCGAGGACAUGGAAAUGCUACAGUCAAAUUUUUGUAUUUUUUUUGUCAAUUUUUUUAAAAAUUUUGUACAUAGUUAAGUCCAAUAAAACAGUAAGAAGGGUGAGAAGGUAAUGUGAGAAAAAAAUUGUACAAAAAAACAAAGAAGGUUCAAUGAAAACUUGAAAAAAAUAAAGUAAAAAAAUAGAUUUUCAUAGAUCUUUAGAGCAAAAAAACGGUCAAAAUGGUCAUUCUAGUCAAGUUUUUAUUUUUCUAAUUUUUUUCAUGGAAAAAAAUUGAUUACAAAAAGAGAAUUGAUUAUACAAACGGUUGUGAAAAAAAGCCUCAAAAAAAGAAGGAAUUUGAACCCCCAAAGUCAAAGAAGACCUUCGAAAUUUGUCAAAAGGCCAUUUUCAAGGCUUUCAGACCUUGUUUCUCGGGAACUAGGAAGUUUUGCAGAUUGAGACUUUCAAAAAUCUUCUUUGGGUAUUUCCAGAAGUGUUCUGGCCAAUUUUUUUAGAAAGUUCCCAACCAAAGUAAAAUUACCCCCCGUCAGGUUUCCAUAAGAUUUUCGAUUUUCCCGUACCUAACCUCAUUUCGUCCAAACUCCCAUGUCAUAACUUCCCACUCAUCUCAGUUUGGACGACGAAAUUCCAAAAACGAAGUGAAGUUGAGGUCAGAAGACUCACGUAGAUGAUUGCUCCAAGGACAACGAUGGUCCCCCUGGGGAUCGCCAUGAGUGUUGUUGUCCUCGGAGUUUUUUAACCUUUCCUCGUGACGCCUUCCUUUCUGAGCUGCACUGAAAAAAGGGACGAGAAAAAAGGUUUUUUAGCCAUGGAGCGCACUUGUGAAUGAUGCCAAGGCGGUUUUUUCUUGUUCCAUAGAUUUUUUUGGUCAGUGGAGGAAAAUUGAUCAUUUGAAGGUUUUAUAACUUUAGAAGUCAAACUAGACUCUAGUUUUGAGGAAUUCUGAACCUUUAGUUUUUUUUUCUUUGUGAAAGGCAUAUUUAACGGGAUCGAGAUGGUAUUUUAUCGUUUUUUUUUGUGAUAAAUGUUGAAAAUACCCUCUAGGGACCACUUCAUCAACCCCUAUAGGGGCCAGUAAAGCUUGCAAAAGUGGUCCCUAUAGGGGACAUGCUAGUCGAGCGAAGAAGCAUAGGGAAAACUGAAUAAAUAAGCGUUUUUGAAUGAACUUGAGAAACCCCUAUAGGGUCCACUUAGCUUCAGCUUUAGGGGCUAAGGGGUGUCCGACCUUAAACCCCUAUAGGGACCACUUUAAUUUCACCCCUAUAACGACCACUUUUACGGCCCCUAUACGGGUCAUUUUCUUCCUAACCCCUAUAGGGUUCACUUGAGCUUUAGGGGCUAAGGGGUGUCAGACCUUAAACCCCUAUAGGGACCACUUUAGGCUUUCCUCUAUAGGUGCCACUUUUUCGGCUCCUUACCCUAUAGGGACUACUGAGAUUUGAAUUUUUAAGAUUUUUAAUUUUCCUUUUUUCGAACCCUAACCCCUAUAGGGACCACUCUGACAUUUCUAAGAAGGAGGAUUAAUAGGAAUUCGGGAAUUAUUCCAUUGGAGCGUACUUGAUUGAUUUUUCAGCCUUUUUAUCCAUGGAGCGCGUUUGAAAAGAGAGCUAUUUUCUGCAAAAAACCAAAAACUUUGACUUUUCGACCAAUUUUUUCAUUCAAUAGACUGCAACUUUUUUUUUCCCCGUUAAACUUGCUCCAUUUGAAAACUUCUCUUUCUUGUCUGUUCUCAUUGAAUUGUUAGCCCACGUGUUCCGAACGACGGAAAAAAAAACGAUUGCCAAAAAAAAAAGGAAGGCUAAAAAAAUAGAAGAGAAAAGGGAGAGAAGAGGCUAACAAGGAAAUUGUUUUUGCCACGCUGAAAAAGAAAAUGACGUCGGUACAAAUUUUUUAAGGGAUCUUCUUAGUGGUUUCAUUUACUCCCGUGGUGAAAAAUUGAUCAAUUUUGGACAGAGCGGCUUUUUUUUAACGUCAGUUUUGCUCUGUGGACAAUUUCGGCAACUUUUCGAUUUAUAAAAAAAAAGAGAAAAAAAGAAAAUUUCAAAAAGUAUGUAUUCCGAACGUCGAAAACGCUCUGUUAUUGACAAUUUUUGAAAUCUUCCCGUUUUUUGAUGUCCAUAUUGUAGAUUCCAAUGAGAAAUUCAAAUCAGAACGGACUUUUUUUCCCCCGGCGAGAAAUUUUGAAGUUGGUUAAUGUUUAAUGAACUUCCUGGAAAGGUUCAGAUUGAGAAAAAGAUGAAAGUUAGGGGAUUUUUUUGAGUUUUUUUGAGGGAUUUUUUUAAAAUGUAAAAAAAUCGGUAUGAUGAACUUUUUAAAAAAACGAAAUAUUUUAUUUUUUUCAAAGUUGGAAUUUGAUCAAAAUCUCUAUGUUGAUCAUCUUAACUGAAGCGCUAUGGUCACCUGCGCAAGUCGUUUCUGGUCGGGCAAGCCUCAAAGAAACCUUUAAGCCAUUCAAAAUGCGACCUUCAAGUAAGCUUCUGAAAAAAAUUUGAUAUAGCCAAGAUAAAUAGGACUUUGAAAGUAGAUUGAAACUGUCAUGUCAGCGGAUAGUCAAACAUUUCUUUUUUUCAAUGCAGAGGUAAUUUCCCCUGUUUCCUCAAUUUUCAAGCCGUGAUAAUCCUGAAUCGUACAGACGAAUUCAACACCUACGUCACAGUGAAACUCCAAAAUGUCAAGUCGACAACGGUGGCCGUACGUGGCAACGUUCCAUGCUGGGAGCAGGAGUUUAUUUUGUCAGUUUCAUUUUUCUUUUUCUGAAAAUGAAGUUUUUACAUUUUUAUGAAAUGUUGGCUUCGUUACUUCUUAUAAAAAAAUUGAAAGUCGAAAAAUUUUUUUACUAACACAGGAGACCUCAAAAAGGCCUUAAAAAGAGCCUGAAGCUCCGUUUUGAGUUCUAAAAAAGGUGUCAAAAGUUUCUCAGAAUUUUUUUUUCCGCCUUCCUUUUUACACGUUCAGAAAAAGGUCCAGUGGCCUUAAAAAAAUUUUUUGCAAAAGUCUUUUUUUGAGGCCUUUUUGGACCUUGCCCGUGAUAGAGAAGUAGUUCUUGUAGAUCCAAUUUUUGAUGAUUUUUGGUUUUAUCUUCAAUUAGUAAGUUUUUUUCAUCUCAAAGUUCACUCGAAAAGAAUUUCUGAUUUUUGAAAACCCAAAAAAAGGUUGAAAAAUUGUCCUGGUCACUUUUCUCAGCCUUUCUCUCGAUUUUUCAAGGUUUCUAGUUUUUAGUGGGAAUUUUCAAGUUUUCAAGGAAAAGAUAUGGUCUUAAGGGUCUUAUUGAUCACGUAGAAGCAUCAAGAAUCUCAGAAAGUCUGAAUUUUUCUAAACAAGAAAAAGUUUUAAGCGAUUUUUCCGGCUUUCCAUUGAUUUUUCCAGGUAUUGAUCAAGAUUUCUGUGUUCAAGCUUCUUUGGCUUUUUUCACAGGCGAAAUUUUGGAAAAAAAGCCUCUAAAAAGCCUCAAAAACACCUUUUUCCCUUAACCUUUUUUUGAAAAGGACGUUUUAAGGAAGAAUAAAAAAAUGAGGCGAUGAAAAGGGGAAAAAAGGAGAUUCCGAGAAAUUUUCGACACCUUUUUAGGAGCUUCAGACUCUUCUUUAUGAGGCCUUUUUGGAUUUUUCCUGUAUAAAGGCUCAUAUUUUUCUGAAUUUUCAGUGAAACGAACCGAUUGGACGAGGGAAUGGUGCUGGAACUGUGGGCGAAGGGCGUUUUGUGGGACAAGCUGAUCGGCGUCCAUUAUAUGCCUUUAACGGAUGUCAAAUAUAGGUUUGUAGGAUUUUUAUUUGAAUUUUGGACUGAUAGAAUAAAAACAGAUAUGAAUUGAUAUAAAUUUUGGUUUCAUAUGGCUAUUUUUUCGGAAAAACUGUCAUUGAAAAAUUGGGAAUCAUGCAGAUUUUCCAAUUUUCGUAAUUUUAAUGAAUUCUUUUUGCGAAUUCGAAACCUUUCCCGUUAAUUGGAGUCGAAGAAGAAUAAUCUAUUUUAAAAACAAUUUUGGAGCGAAAAUUGAAAUUUCAAUGAUUUUUUUCCAAAGUAUUGGAGUUUUUAGGGACAAAAUUGACCCAAAACAAGGAAAAAUCAAUAUUUCGAAACCCAAGGGGAUCUUGAAGAUACCAGAUGGUUCUUCAUGAAAGAAGGCCCUCUGAAAAUGAAAAAAACACUUUACUUUAUCCGAUUCUGAUCAUUUUUAGUCGAGAUAUGAGUUUUUGAAGUUUUGCGUGAAAAAAUUGACCUAAAGUAAGGAAAAAUCGAUAUUUUGAGAAUUGAAUAGGUUUUAAAAGUUUCAGAUGGUUCUAUAUAGAAGACGACCUUUUGAGAUCAAUGAAAAACUUUGCUGCACCCGAUUCUGAGCAUUUUGAGCCGAGAAAUAAAUCUUUGAAGUUUUGAGAGACAAAAUUGACCCAAAAUUAGAAAAAAAUCGAUAUUUAGAGCACCCAAUAGUUUUUUGCAGGUAUUGAAUGGCUCUUAAUGAAGAAGACUCUUCUUAAAAUGAAAAACCAGUUUACUUUAUCCGAUUCUGAGCAUUUUUAGUCAAGUUAUGAAUUUUUGAAGUUUCGAGUGACAAAAUUGACCCAAAAUAAGGAAAAAUCGAUGUUAUAGGAAUCCAAUGGAAUUUCAAAAAGUAUACAAUAGUUUCAUAUGAAAUAAGACCCUCUGGAAAAAGAUAAAAACACUUCAUUUUGCCCGAUUCUGAGCUUUUUGAGCCGAGAUAUGAAUUUUUGAAUUUGUAAGUGACAUAAUUGACCCAAAACAAGGAAAAUCGAUAUUUCGAGAACCCAAUGGGUUUUUGAAGGUACCAGAUGGUUUCAUGUGGAAGUAGACUCUCUGAAAAUGAUAAAACACUUUAUUUUACCCGAUUCUGAGCUUUUUGAGUCGAGAUAUGAAUUUUUGAAGUUUUGAGGGACAAAUUUGACUGACAGGGAGGAAAAGUCGAUAUUUCGAGAACCCAAUGGGAUCUUGAAGGUACCAGAUAGUUUAAUAUGAAAGAGAACAUCUGAAAAAUGUUUAAAAAAACUUUACUGAACCCGAGUAUUUUAAGUCGAGAGUGCCUUUUGCCUCGUUUAACGAUGGCUGCAUUAAAAACGGCCCCGUAAAUUUUGGCAGAGACGAAUUUUUUUAUUUUAUUGUUUUAAAAAUUAUUGUUACUUGAAUUAUAAUCAUUGUUCAAAAAAAGAGUGCGCACGACCUGAAAACACAUGAAAAAGCAAAAAAUCACAAAAUUUUUUAGUUCCUUUCUUUUUUUUUGUACGACAUUCCGCGAGAACGCAUCAAAAAAGCGUGAAAUAUUUUUUUAAACGAAAGAGGAAGCUUUUCUGUACACAUGUGUCAAAAUUUAUUAUCCAUUUCCUCAAAUUUCGCAACUACAACAAAAUGAAAGUUGAAAACCAAAAAAAAGCCACUUUUUCUAUCGCGAAAAGGGGCGUGGCUUUACGGUUCCUACCUGAAGGACUAUGAAGAGAAAAACGAUUUUUGACAAUUACAGUAACCUGGCUGGAGAGGGAAAAUGGCUACAAAUGGACCACGAACUGGAGACGAGAAAUGGGCAGACGGUUGGUACCAGGGGACCCACCGGCCACAAUCUUCUCGUCGAUGUUCAUUUCGAGCUUCCUUUCGGUCAGUUUUUUCCCAUUUUCUGUAUUAAUUUUCUUUUCGGUUUUUUUUUCGGCUGGACUUUUUGAUCAUUGGAAUUUUCAAGGUUGAAGGGAUUAUUUGAGUGUUUUCCUGGGAGCAUGUUUGCGUUUAUCAGUGGAGCACUUUUGUAGAGCAAUUAAGAGCCGUCAAAUUUUUUAAUCCUUGCUUUUUGGCAACGGAUCUGUGAACACUUGAAUACGAUCAGAAAUUAUCAAUAAGUUUUUGUUUUGACAAAUUAUUGUUAUUUUAUCAAUAGAGCACAAUUUCAAGGUUUACCAGCCUUUUGGCUGUUUCUAUGGGUUUUUUCGACGAUUGAAACUUGAUUUUAUCCGUAGAGCGCAACUGUUCGUUUUGAAAUAGCUCGUAUUCUGGAAUUUUUUUUUUGCUGGAAAAUAUUCGAAAUUAAGGAUAGAGGGGCUGUAGAGCCAAGAAGUAGCUUUCAAAUUUUUUCUUCUUUCUUAAAUUUUUUUAAAAGCUUGAUUUUAUCCGUAGAGCGCAUUUUGAGCGUGAAAGUAGCUUAGAGCUUUUUCUACGUUUUUUUGACGAUUGAAGGUUGAUUUUAUCCGUAGAGCGCAACUGUUACUUUUAAAAUAGCUCGAAGGUUGGAAAAAAAUUUUUUUUUUGAUGGAAAGCUUUGAAAUUACUGAUAGAGUGCCUGUAGAACCAAUAAAUAGCUUUCGGACUUUUUUCAGAUUUUUAAAAGCUUGAUUUUAUCCGUAGAGCGCAUUAUGAGCCGAAAAAUGGCUGUUAGAUCUUUUUACGUUUUUUUUUGACGAUGGAAGGUUGAUUUUAUCCGUAGAGCGCAACUGUUAGUUUUGAAAUAGCUCGUAGGUUAGAACGCAGUUUUUUUCUAGUAAGACCUCUAAAUCAGCGAUAGAGUGCUUGUGAAAACACAAAUUAGCUCCCAGUCUCGUUUUUUUUCUUUUUCAAAUGGUAAAAAAAGAAAUUAUCCGUGGAGCGCAACUGUUCGUUUUGAAAUAGCCCGUAGACAGCUUUGAAGUUUUCUUAUGUUUUUUUUUCUAUUGUGGGAAGCUUAGAUUCAUCUAAGCUCAAUUUUGAGACUCUGGAGAACCUUCAGGUCUGAUCAAAGCUGCUUUAACUAGAAAAAGCUGAAUAUUAUCAGCAGAGCGCAACAAAAGGAUGAGAAAUAGCCGUCAGUCCCAUCUAAAUAUGAUUUUUGAUUCCGAAGAAUUCAAUUUUGUCCGUUGAUCGCUAUAAUAAGAUUCCGAAGAGCUUUAAGACUGGUUCGGAGUUAUUUCAACGAGAAAAGAACAAGUUUUUCACAAGGAAGGUUAUUUUACUUUGCGGUUCCAGAAAAUUGGUCAGAACACUUUUCAAUGUACCGGAUGAAGUCUCACGUCCUAUUUUUUGAGUGAGGACGCCUUGAAGUAAAGGAAGAACUUCAAAAUCCGUAUAAAUAGGCUAUUUUUGGUCUCUGAGCUCACCUUUUUCAAAAACUAAGGUCUUGGGCAGAUUACGGCUUUUAGGAUCUUCAUUAGGUACAUCUGAAGUGAUCUGGCCAAUUUUCAAGCAAUCCCAACCUCCCUUGUCAGUAAAUCCUAACCGAACAGACUUGAGUUCCAUCUCGACGUGUUUUGACGGCAACAAAAGCUCGGUCGGACUCCUCAACAGAGCCCACUUGUCAGUCUUUAAAAAAGGAGCCUGGUGUUUCCCGAAAGAGGAGAAUGAUGAAGAUGAAGACGGAACACACAGACGCUCACUCAGACAGAGCGCUUGUUGUUGUUCGGUUUUGAGCCUUCUUCCUUCCCCCUUCAACAACGACGACGACGACGACGAUGAUUGACACCGCCGGCCUCUUUUUCGGCUUCGAUUUCUUUCUUUUUCGCCUUUUUCGUAAAAUGGCAAUUUUCUCCUUGAUAUGUUUUCAUUACGUAGCUCUUGAAUUUUCAAAAAUUAUGGAAUCGUGAAAUUUCAUUGGAGCGCACUUGCAAGGCUGAUUUUUCUUGGUUCCAUUUUCUGCUCCUUAUUGAUUGAUUUUUCGACUCAAGGCCAAUUUGUCAUUGGAGCACAUUUGAGAUGCCUUUCUUCGCUCUUUUGUGUUUUUUUUUAGUUCUAGUUAUGUAGGGUAUAGUGAAUAUUGAUCUUUUUAUCAUUGGAGCGCACUUGAGAGGCUUUAAGCGGCUAUUUUUUCUCUCCACUCUUGGAGACUUUUUUUUCAAAAUGACAUGGUUUUCUGUUGGUUUUGAACACUAUUUGUCUCUUGAAAGUUGAAAUUUCGAAAAAGUAAUUUUGUCUGUUUUUUCCUCAAUAGCUUUUUUUCGCAUAUUUUGGUUCUACUAUUGUAGGCUAUAGUGAAAAAUGACCAUUUUAUCAUUGGAGCGCACUUGAGAGGCUCUAGGCGUUUUUUUUUGUGGUCCAUUCUUGGAGGCAUUUUUUGAAAUAAAAAAAAACUUUUUUUGGAGAUUUCGUUUUCUCUGGUUCUAAACACAAAUUGUGCCUUGAAAAUUGAAAUUUCAAAACUUAAUUUUGCCUGUUUUUUCCUCAAUAGCUUCUUUCCGCAUAUUAUGGCUGUACUAUUGUAGGAUAUAGUCAAUAUUGAUCUUUUUAUCAUUGGAGCGCACUUCAGAAGCUCUGGGCGGCUAUUUUUUCUGUCGGCUUUUUGGAGGCUUUUUUUCAAUUUCUUUUCUUUGAAUAUUUGUUUUCUUUUAGUUUUGAACACUAUUUGUGUCUUGAAAAUUGGAAUUUUAAGACGUAAUUUUCCUUUUUUUUUUUCCUCAAUAGCUUCUUUCUGCAUAAUUUGGUGUACAAAAUAGUGAAUAAUAGGCAUUUUAUCCGUGGAGCGCACUUGAGAGGCUCUGAGUGGCUAUUUCUUCUCUUCGAACUAUAUUGGUAACGCGAAACGGACGUGCUCCGGACGUUUCUGGGCGAUUCUAGGGAUCACUUAAGAAUGCUGCGGCUACUAAAGUGGUCACUAGAAAUGCCCCGACACGUCCGAUUCGCGUCCCGUUCGCGUUUCCAAGGUCUGAGAAGUUUUCGAAUAAUUCAAAAAAAAAAAAAAAACAGUGAUUUUAGAUAUCUCUCAACACUAAAUUCAAUACUUUUGAGUAGAUUCUAGCGUCUGAUUUUUGUUUUAAUAAGCUUUUUCGGGUUUCUGAAGGUUUUUUCCUGAAAAUAGGUAUUUCAUGAUCAUUUUUAUCAUUGGAGCGUAUUUGAAAGAGUGAUAGGCUUUUUUGUCGAGAACGUUUUUUUUUCAAAAUUAAUGAGGGAGGUAAAUUAUGAGAAACCCUCUAGGCGCCUUUUUUUCCUAAAUUCCAAUUUCGAAAGACUCCUGGAAAUUCGUUCAUUUCGGCUCUCGAUUCCGAAAUUCAUAUUGCAAUCAAAUGAGGAACAGAAAUUGAUGGUGGAUUCUGUGAACAAGGAGAAAAAAAAAAUAAAUAAGGAAAGAGCAAGAGAGCAAUCAUGUAUUGAGCACAAACACACACGCGACGACGAGCCCGGAGCAUCGGUCUAAUUAUCUCCAGCUCUUCUUUUUUUCCCUUUUCUUUUAUUUCCCCUUUGUUUUAACAGUUUUACAAACAAUUAGAAGUGUAGAAGAGGUUGGAAAUAAUAGCCGCGAUAAAGUUCGAACCUUAUGCGCUCCAUGGCUAAUACUUGAAAAAUUGGGGGAGCCUCCUAAAAUUAGCCUCAGAACAAGUUUUUUUGAUGACCACGGCUGUUUUUUCUCACCGAGCCUUUGAAAAAAUGUACUAAUAACGAUAUUUUUGGUCUGGAAUACAAAUUUAAAAAAUUCUUUCUUUUUCCCAAAAAUAAGGGUCUCGCAACGAUUUUUUUUUUUUGUGAAAAUGAACCGUUUCUACAUUGAUUUCCCUUUUCAGUGUAGUGUUAAAUUCCCAAAUAUGAAACUUUUACUGAUCGACACUUGGCGCCAAUUUAAAAAUUAUCUUCAGUUGAUCACGAUAUAAUUUUAAUAUGGAGAAUAUUUCUGAGCUGAUAUUUUUGAAAAUUCGAACCCGUAUUGCUUUUUACGGACUUAGGAGCUUCCGAAGCACUUGAAAGCGCAUUGCUCAUGUCAGAGGGGUGUUCACGCGAAAAAUUUUCAUAUUGCUCAUGUUAGAUGUUUUUUUAAUUUGAAAAAAAAGUUUGUCCCCAUUGCUCAUGUUAACUAUUUCUAGCUGAUAAUUACAAUUGAACGUUUUUAAAAUCUAAAUAAGGACAAUACAGAGCGCAAAAAGGGCAAUUAACCGCACGAGUGGCCAUUUUUUUCUCCCUUCGUUUUGCCCCUCGGCUAAUUUGUGCAUUUGCUCUCUUCAUCUGAACCUCUCUCUCUCAAUUUCUAGUCUCUCAAAGCCACGCCCCUUUCUUUUCUUCCUCUUUUUGUCCUGUGGGAAAACGGCAAAAGAAAAUAGCUUUUCGUACUUAUUUUAUCGCUUUUUUUUUGGGAUAGAAUGAUUAUUUCGAUAUGAUCUCAAAAAAAUAAUUUUUUUUGAUCAAUUUAAAAAAAUCAAUCGCGGGUAGAUGAAAGGUUCAUUAGUCAUUUUAUUAAUUUAUCCUAAAUUGAAAUUUUUUUCAAGUGAUCGUUUUUUUCCAAACGUCCGUCUUGGUUUACUCUAAAGCUUCUCACAAAAAAAUUCACACUUUUUUUCGAAAAAAAUUUUUCAAGAUAUUCCCCCUGAUUUAUUGAAAAAAAUUCGAUUUCUUAUCAUUUCGAUCAUUGGAAAAAAAUAUUAAUUAUCAAAAAUUCAAUCUUGAUUUGUCACUUUAUUUUUGAAUUUUGAACUUUUCUUCUUGAAUUUCAAUUAAAAGCCAUAUUUUAAGAUCCUUUCGUGCUCCAUCGAUAAAUUCCGCUUUUCUUCCCGUUUAUUUGUAGGCAUUCUUUUAAUGGAGAUCUUCUCUUCUCACUUGUUUUUCACGCCAUUUUCCCCCCUAAAUAAUGAAUAGAGAAUGGAAUUUAUAACAUCUGAAAAGAGAGGCCUAUUUUCCUCAAUCUUCAAGCUUCAAAAUGAUGGAAUUAGUAUCAUUUUUUCUUGCUUGAUUUCAAUAGGAAAAUAAAAGGAAAAGAGAUCUCGUACACGUUCUUUUUUUUUCAUUUUCUUCUUGCCGAUAUUGCCGCCGCCGACGCCCCAAAGCAGCAAAUUGGAGCAUUUUGUGCUCUUUUCGUCUCGUGGGGGAGUGCCGCUUUCUUUUUUUCUUUUUUGAUUUCUCUCUUUGACGUUGGUCUCUCGUCUUGCCUUUUAUUUUUUUUUCCCUCCAGAAACAGCUUUUUUGGAUUUUGUUGCUCUAUUGAUAAGUUGCAUUAACUUCUUAUGAAUGCUCGGCGUUUCUAGUGACCACUUUAGUAGCGUUACUGGGAACAUUUUUAGUGGCCACUAUAGAGGCAAGGACUACUUGGAGAAGACACUAAAGUGGCCACUAUUUCCCGUUUUAGUGGCCACUUCAGUAGUUUUUUAUCCAGGUUUCCUUCCAGUAACUCUGAUAAUUUCAAAACAAACAGAUUGGUCCAGUUAUGUUGAUCCAUUGACCCCUAGAGUGGCCACUAAUGUUUUUCCUGGUCUAGUAGGAGCACUUAGACCUCUAUAGUGGCCACUAUUUUCCGUUUUAGUGGCCACUUCAGUAGUUUUUUAUCCAGGUUUCCUUCCAGUAACUCUGAUAAUCUUAAAACAAACAGAUUGGACCAGUUAUGUUGAUCCAUUGACCCCUAAAGUGGCCACUAAAAUUUUUAGUGGUCUAGUAGUAGCAUUUAGACCUCUAUAGUGGUCACUAACUUUUAACUCCUUAAGUGACCACUAAUUUGACUACUAUAGAGGCCACUAAAACGUCGAAACCCUAUAGGGGCCACUAAACAUUUUCUCAGUUAGUGCACUUAAGUGAUCCCUAGAAAUUCUCAGAAACGUCCAGAGCACGUCCAUUUUGCGUUACCAAUGUCAAAAAAAUUCUCGAUCGAUAAGUUUUAAGAUUUUUUUAGUGGUCCUGAUUCACGCGUCUAGUAGAGGCUAUUUUUUAUCGAAACUCGAAUUAAAAAAAAAAUGCUUCAUAACUAAAAUUUAGUUACUUUUCCAGCAUGGAUCAUUUUAUUAAUUCAGUUGUGCGAUUUAAUUAUGGAAACUUCACUUGAACAUUAUUCUCGAUGAAAGUCAACCAUCAUAUGAAGUUGAAUCAGGAAUCCGAUUUUGUUGAAUAAAAAGUCCGAAAUUUUGCUUCAAGAUUUUUUUUUCUCAAUAAAAGUCUACGUUAUUAAGUUAAACAAGGAUAUAUUUUUUUGUGAUUCAAAAAUGAAAAAAGAGAAAAAUCUGAAAAAGUACUGAUACCCAGGCCAAAGAAAGGGAAAGAAAGGGCUAUUCCCGGACUUCAAUUUUCGUCCGUGUUUUUGAUGGCUCCGUCACCUUGGUGUUUCGUUUUCAGUUCCAUUUUUUAUUUUCAAUCCCACUUUCUCUUUCGUUUUCUCUUCUCUGACAGGUGCUUUUCCUCGAGUUUUACCUUGGAUUUUAGAUUAUUUUUUUGCCUACCCACACACUUUUUUGUAGUCAAACUUGAGUUUGACGUUUCAAAUUUGUCGAUCGAUAUAAAAAAGACCAGUUUUCGGAAUUUUUUCUUUCAUUUUCUUUGGAAUUAUUAUGAACAUGGUAUAAUCAGAAAGAGGUAUUUUAUCGAUUUUUAGUGAUCUUUCUUGAAAAAUAUUCAAGUGGAGUACAUAAGAUGAUUUUUUGAGUGACUCCUAUAUCAUUUCACUUAAUUUUUCUCCCAAGGUUAUUUUUGUAUCUUCCUUCAAAUACGCCAAGUCCAAAACCACAAAAAAUUGCGAGCAAAAAUAAAAGUUUGGCGGGGGUCCAGGAGAUAAAUAGCCAUCUGGCAGAGUAUGGACGAGAAUUUUCGCCCAAUUUUUCUCUUUUCUCUUGAGUUUUUAUUCGUAUGUUCUAUGAUUGGCAACUUGAUAACAGAAAAGUUCCUUGAGAAGCUUUUUUGAAAUUAUUUGGACUUCGAAAUUCAAGUCAAACCUUUUUCACAGACCAUCUUGUGGUUUUUAGUAAUGUUUUGAAAUUUAAAAAAAAAAAGCUAAAUGUUUUCUUAGGAAAUUUUUAUAGAUCAAUACUUUCUCAAAAUUUCCUCGCUUGAAAGCUGCUUGUGGGCGGCACCUCAACCCACUGACGAAAAAAAACUGUUCGAAGUUUACUGAUAAACCUCUCGCCUGUUGUCCGUUCCUUUGAAACUCGUCACACAGCCGGCCGGAAACAUUAUUUUUUUUCUUCUUUUUUUUCGGUGGACGGAGCUGCGAUCUGCUCACUUAUUCAUUACAUCUGCUCCGGACCUCCCCUUCGCCUCCAAUUUCUUCUUUUCUCGCCCUCCUUUUUUUUUACAUUUCCUUCAUUUCAUGUUUGUUUGUGAUCCUUUAUUUGAACCUAUAUUUUAUGGAUGAAUUUGAAAAUGAGUUUUUUUUUUUACUUAAUUUCGAAUUUCGUAUAUUUCACUUGAAAAACGUUGAUCUGCGUCGUCUUUCUCUUACCGGCUGGGUCAGAGAAACGUGCAAAUAGUGUGUGAAGAUGUGAGAGAAACCAAGAGAGAAAAGAGCGCAGAGAAACCAGACAGUUCGCCAAAUUUUUAGGCAGUUCCGGAAAACUUUUAAGCAGCGCCCAAGUUAUUCCUGAGAAUAAAGCAGCGCCUCGAAGUUUUAAAGGCAUAGGGGCAGUAAAAAAUGGGGUUUCAGGUGAAAGCAGUAUCUUGUAUAGUUUUUCUUUGCGAAUCCAACGGUGUACUCAAAAAAAUUACAAAUGUGACAUCUCUAGUAGAAAAACGCAAUUUCACUUUCGCGCCUUUAGUUUUGAAAAAAGCUUUGGAUCGGUGCUCAGACAACUGAUUACAGUAGCUGUGCACGCGAUGUUGCGGACGUCUCAUUAGACUCGCAUUUUUAUGAGAAAUAACCGGAUAUCUGCUUCAAAUGAAUGGUUUCUUCUCUGAAAAAAAUCGAUUAAGAAAAACAGAAAAACACACAUUGAUAAUAAAGAAAAACACAAAUUAACGCUAUCCCAAUCGAAACCUGUGUAAAAAUCAUCAUUUUUUUCACCAGAAAAAGCAUUUUUGCGAUCAAAGUUUGCAAAUUAUACAUGAAUAGAAAGCUGUUGUGACGAAAAAGAACUUUGGUAACAACAGAAAAAAAUUUAAAUUUGUAAGAAACGAAGAAAAAAAGCGAAAAAUCCGGAAGAUGGCGAAGCCUGUUGUCCAUAGAGCAACUUUACUGCAAAGCGCACUUUUCGCGGGAACUCAAGCUUUCCUUUCUCCGAUUUUGAAGUAUUUUUUCUUCAAAACUAGGAAGUUCGGUACGUUCCCAAGUUUGCCGUUCGAUUCGCAAUUAAAAACUUUACAAAGUACUGCUUUGAACUGAAACACCGUUUUUUACUGCCCCUAUGCCUUUAAGCAGCGCCUAGAAGUUUUAAGCAGCGCCUAGAAGUUUUAAGCAGCGCCUCGAAGUUUUAAGCAGCGCCUAGAAGUUUUAAGCAGCGCCUGGAAAUUUUAAGCAGCGCCUGAAUAUCUUAAGCAGCGCCUAGAAGUUUCAAGCAGCGCCUAAAAGUUUUAAGCAGCGCCUGAAUAUCUUAAGCAGCGCCUCGAAGUUUUAAGCAGCGCCCAAGGUUUCCAAGUAUUGUCUGAGAAUUAAGCAGCGCCUGAAUAUCUUAAGCAGCGCCUAGAAGUUUCAAGCAGCGCCUAAAAGUUUAAGCAGCGCCUGAAUAUCUUAAGCAGCGCCUCGAAGUUUUAAGCAGCGCCUAAAAGUUUUAAGCAGCGCCUGAAUAUCUUAAGCAGCGCCUAAGUCUUCUAGGCAGUGCCUAAAAAUUUUAAACAGCCCCCCCCUUUUUUUUUAUGAGAAAUCUUCUUAUUCUGAAUCUCGAAUCUGCACUUUUCUCACUGCCUAUCUUUUCCCAAAAAGGUUGAUUCGCGAAUCCUAUAUUCUUCCCAUCUGCUCAUGAGUUGCUUGAAAAUUCAUGGAAAAAGUGCACUUCCGUUGGAAAAUGAGAAACAGAGAGAACGCGUAGAGUUCAUCUUUUUUCGAACAAGAACUUUCUUGAAAACAAGAAAAUAAGCGUUUCUACAUUUUCAGACGCCCAAGGAGAAGAUGGCGAAGAGCUGCAGGCCAAGCUGUUAGCUCUAAAUGGUCUCAUCGAACACGUGAGUUUUUUUUCCCCCGGAUUUUCUACAGCAAAUACGAUUUUCUAGGACCAACUCGUACCUAAUCACCGGGCGCCAUUGAAUCACUGUGAGUUUUUCUUUUUGAAGUUUAUUUUGGCUUUUUGUAAAGUUAAGAAUUGGAUCCGAGUUGGGUAAUUUUAGCUGUUUCCACCUUGACCUGACUCCCAUCAGUUUCUAUGCUCAAUUUUUGGAAGCUGCUUUCAGUUGACUCUGCUUUUUUUGAACAAAUUUUCCAUAAUUCCAUCAUUAAGUUUCCCAUAAAUAAGGAAAUCUUCAUUUUUCAGCCGGCGUGUCGGAGGACAGCGACUACACCUCAGACGUCUCAUUUCCAAUCAAUCCGCACCAUCAGCAGCAGGCCAAUAGUUCGGCCCAUCAGUGGGACUCCCACCUACAUCCCUACCGCCAUCGGCACACGGCUCGUGAGACCGCAGUAAGCUUCUUUUUUCUUUUGUAACUGAUGGGAAUGACACAACUAUUGAUGAAUAUUGAUCCGAUUUUGGUUUGUACCGACGCUUCAGACGUUGCAGGCGAGUUAUGAAGACGAUGAGGACGCCUAUCACGCGCGGACCUACGACGACGACGAAGAAGACUACGACCGCGACGCCUAUCAGACGCCCUACAGUAACCACUACGGUAAGAUCUUUUUCUUUCAUAAAGUUUAACUCUGCUGAAUAUGAGCUUUGAGUAGAAAAUACCAUAUUUUGAAGCUUUUGAUUGCCUCCUAUAGGGGUCCCUAAAACAAGUAUCCCCUAUAAGGACCCCUCAGAAAUUUCUCGCUAUUUCGAAGCUUUUUCUUGCUUUUCUAACUGCCUACUUUUAAUUGAAUGAAUUUUCUCAUGUUUCGAGAUUUUUCGGGGAUUUUCUGUGCCAUGAAACGUUCCGAAUUGAAUGCUGAAAUUCAAAAAAAAUUCCUUUUUUUUUCAAGCCCAUUUUCAAGGGGGGUUGGGAAUUAGCCGGAUUCGCUGUGUACUAUUUCGUUUCAUUUACACCGAAAACAAGAAUCAGCAUUCAUUGAAUGAAUCUCAAUGGAAAUCCGGUUAGAAAUCGAGUUUGCUCGCUCGUGGCGGGAAGCUCUCCAAUCAAGGCGCCGCCGUAACUAAAACAAUUGCUUUGGUGUCGUAACGACAAAUUUUUCCUUUUUUUUUGCUUGGUUGCUCUGGAGGGGAGUCCCAUCAACAGUGCAGGGUUGACAAAAAUUUGAAAAUUUUGAUUUUUUUUUUUUGGGUCAGUGGCCCAACUUGUUGGGGGCUUAUGAUUGGGACAGAAUUUUCCAUAUAUAUUUUAAAAAAAGUUUUGGAUUGUUAAUAGCGUAGUGUGAUUCAUCAAAGCUAAGGCUCUCGGCCAGUUUUCGCAAUUUCAGAAAAAGCAUUUUUCCCAAAGAAAAGCAGUUUCCUGAAAUAUAUUGUUAUGAUUAUUUACUGUGUAUACUGUAAUUAUACUGUAAUUUUUUCUGUAUAUGCUGUAAUUAUACUGUAAUUUUUUCAGACAAACCGACCUACGACGAAAGUCCGACCCCAGUAACAGAGUACGGGGCCGCGACAACGUCGACGUCAAGAUCAGAGACGGCGGCGGCGGCUGCGACGUCGUCGUCGUCGCGCCGUCGCUACGACAUCGACGAGGACGACGACGAGGUGACGACGACUGGCGUCGCCGCGAUUCUGCCCUCCUCGUCGCGGUCGCGCUUCACAACAGGUUACGGUACUCCGCCGUCGACUAGCAGUAGUCGUUAUGACGUCGGCGGCUACAGUAAUAAACGUAGCACCGCUCCCAUCGAACACAAUGAGCCUGAAUACGGUAGUUCUCUUACUGUAGAGGAUACUACUUUUUCCGUUACAGUAUACGAUCAGCGGAACGGAUACGAUGACGAGGAGGAGUAUUACCACGACGAUAGGCUCAAGGACGAGGAAGACGAGGAUUUCGGCCACAAUCCAACUUAUAGGGACAAUUUUGAGCCGAUGCCCGGGACCUCGUCGGCCGACGAUUUCCGGGAAGAGUACCGACAGCACUAUCCUGGGUUCGUCAUCUGGAGUUUCGUACGGAAUAAUCUUUUUGUUGAAGAGAUUACUGGAAUGAGCAGGAGCCGUUGUCUUACAACAGUCGGCCGCCCGAUAGGAAUGGAAUGUUGAAAAAGUUGGUUUUUAGGAAAAAAAUUUUUUUCUUGAUGGUACUAGGGGAAUAUCCUGAAAGUCACAUUUUGCGAACUUUCAUGAUUUUUUUAGAAUUUUUAAGAAAUUAUAGCUCAAAAAAAUGGCGCUAGUUUCAACUUUUUUUGGGGGCCAUAUUUGGUUUCAAAGCGUCGUAUUCUGGUAGUUUUUUUUCAGGAACUAUGAAUUGAAAAGUGAAUUUAACACCCUUGUGAUCCAAAAAAUUUCUCGAUUUCAGUUCAAACAGUUCUUGGCGCGAAUCAUCAUCGAGGCCAACCUCAACAACGGCGUUAGUUCAUUUUCAGAAAUUCUCAUCAAAAAGUUAGGAUUUCAGAGCAAAUUACAUGGAUGAUCCGAAUCACUACGAUGAAAUCGAUCGGGGGUCCAGAUUAUCCAGAGGUAGGGCUUGGAAAAAUAAUCGAAAAAAUUCAAGUCUUGAAAAAAUUUUUACUGUUUCACGAUUUCGGGGGGACCUCUUGAAUCAUAACUUAUGAUUUUUUUUAAAGCUGAUUUUCGGAAAUUCAGACUCAAUCUGAAAAUUGUGAUCUUCAGAAGCUAAAAAAAACGUGACAAAAUAUAUAAAGUAGAUCUUUUAACUUUGAAGGUUGCUGAAAAAAUAAAGGGACACAUCCUUUUUAGAUCUAAGUGAUCCUCUUCCAGAUGAAUUCCGGCGAACUUCUUCGGUGGAAAAAUCCGACAGACGUUUCGACAGCGAUGGGAGCCAACAAGGAUCGCUUUAUCCGCCUGAAGAGUUUGAAGAAAGGUCUUUACUAUUUUAUAAGCUGUUUAUUUUGUGCAUGCAGCGCAAAUGCGCCCUCCUGUGAUGACUAUUUUAUCAUAAUUAACUUCUUUAAAAUCGCAAUAAUCCUUAUUUCUUGGUUAAUUUUACAGAAGACCCGAAUCGCGGCACAAUUGGCGGUACGACUCGAUACAAGAAGAGGACAACGAAAAAGCGGACAGCUGGAAGGAUAAUUUGGACGAAAGUUGGAAACCCGUCGAAGAUUGGCAGCAACAUCAGGUUGACUCGAAAAAAAACAAGCUAUAAAUAGGUUCUCUGUUUCACGAAAAACGGGGUUUGAAAUCAGAAAAAUUUGUGUAUGUUUGAAAAAGACUCGAUUAGGAAUUUCAGAGAAUUUUAAUUUGAAGGAAGCUUCAAGUGAUUAAACUGGAGUAAAAAUUUCAAAAAAAUUGGAAAAAUAUGCGAAAAAAACCUUCAAUGUACAUGAGAGCCACCAUACAAUGUUUCAAAAAAAUUUUUCUAUAGAUUUUUCCAGGCCGAGGAUCAACGUCGUCGAAGUGUAGCCCUUGCCGAAGAGGAUGACGUCAGUCGGCCAACGUCUUCUGAUAUGACGUCAUCAGCACGACGUCAGCCAAGCCUGGAGCGUCAGGACGCCCACGUGGUCGGCAACGAUAUCGUUCGGUUCGGUUUUUUUUAGAAUAUAAUUAAUUUUUCAAACGCAAAAUUAAAGAAUUUCUAUCUUUUGAAAUUAAAAAUCGCACAAGGAUACAUGGAGAAAACAUCCCUUUCGAAAAACUUUGGGAGCCGAUCAGAAAUUAGAAGAGCUGCUCGAAAAUUUUUGGAAGUGCUUGUAAAUUCUAUGGUCUGUGUGCCAAGACUUGGAAUUUCACCGAACGACAUUCCGCUGUUCCGCUGCGUCGCGAAGCGUCUUUGCGAGCCUCGGUCUCGCUUCGAACUGGUUCUCAUUUCUGAUAGAUGAACUGUUCCACUAGGAACACGUGUUGGUCGAGUUCUUAUAGCUGAUUCACGGCUGGCUUGAGCCAUCGAGAAAAGGGUCCUGCCACGAAAAGAGACGAGACAGUGCCUAGCUAUUGGAGAGUGCAGACAGGCCACGCCUUUUUGCGUCCCAAGCUAGCCGUGAAUCGUCUAUAAGUAGAGGCGCGCAAAGGCACGCAGCGGAACAGCGGAAUAUACCACGACUUGGAAUUUCACUUAACGACACUCCGCUGUUCCGCUGCGUGCGUUCGCGAAGCGUCUUUCGAAUCUAGGUCACGCUUUCAAUUGAUUGUUAUUGCUGUGUGGGCACAUGAAAGUAGAGUACCUUAAUAAAAGGAAAAAAAUUGAAAGCGCGACCAAGGUGCGCAAAGGCGCGCAGCGGAACAGCGGAAUGUCGUUCGGUGAAAUUCCAAGUCGUGGUACACAGUAUAAACACUUUGAGGCGCUGCUUGGAAGUGCUAUAAAAUUUGGAACUGCGGUGAAAUUAGAUCAUUUUUCGUAAAGAGAAAUUAUAAAAGCUUAUUAAAAAGGUCCACCAAAAUUUUAUUAGGUCUUAAAAAAGGAAGUUGAAAAAAAUGCCUACAAUUUUCUCGUUUCAGUCAAACGAUCGAAGAAGAGGAUGAGAAAAAAAAUAUGCACGAACUUUGGCAUUGGGCCUACAAACAAGUCUGCAAAAACCUAGGGUUCAAGGUGUGUUUUUUUUUUAGAAGCGAUAA